CCAUGCAGUCCCUGAACAUCACCCCGGAGCAGUUCGCGCAGCUCCUGCGGGACAACAAUGUAACGCGGGAGCAGUUCAUCGACCUCUACGGGCUGCAGCCCCUGGUGUACAUCCCGGAGCUGCCGGGGCGCACCAAGGUGGCCUUCGUCCUUAUCUGCGUGUUCAUCUUCGUCCUGGCGCUCUUCGGCAACUGCCUGGUGCUCUACGUGGUGACCCGCAGCAAAGCCAUGAGGACCGUCACCAACAUCUUCAUCUGCUCCCUGGCACUCAGUGACCUGCUCAUCGCCUUCUUCUGCGUCCCCUUCACCAUGCUGCAGAACAUCUCCUCCAACUGGUUCGGCGGUGCCUUCGCUUGCAAGAUGGUACCAUUUGUUCAGUCCACUGCUAUUGUAACUGAGAUUCUUACCAUGACCUGCAUUGCUGUGGAAAGACACCAGGGAAUUGUGCAUCCACUAAAAAUGAAAUGGCAGUACACCAAUAAAAGAGCUUUCACGAUGCUUGGCAUAGUCUGGCUGCUGGCAGUUAUUGUUGGGUCACCUAUGUGGCAUGUGCAGCGGCUUGAGGUUAAAUAUGAUUUUCUAUAUGAAAAAGUGUAUGUUUGUUGCCUGGAAGAAUGGUCCAGUCCGAUUUAUCAGAAGAUAUAUACGACCAUUAUUCUUGUUAUACUAUUCCUUCUUCCACUGAUGUUGAUGCUUUUUUUGUACACUAAAAUUGGCUAUGAACUCUGGAUUAAGAAACGAGUGGGAGAUGCUUCAGUUCUUCAAACCAUUCAUGGGAGUGAAAUGUCUAAAAUAUCAAGGAAGAAGAAGCGAGCAAUUGUUAUGAUGGUGACAGUGGUGUUUCUCUUUGCAGUCUGUUGGGCCCCUUUCCAUGUGAUUCACAUGAUGAUAGAAUUCAGUAAUUUUGAAAAGGAGUAUGAUGAUGUGACGGUCAAAAUGAUCUUUGCAAUCGUCCAGAUUAUAGGAUUCUUCAAUUCUAUUUGCAACCCUAUUGUGUAUGCUUUCAUGAAUGAAAACUUCAAGAAAAAUUUUUUGUCUGCCAUCUGCUUCUGCAUUGUCAAGGAAAAUGCCUCACCAACCAGGCACCUUGGGAGCUCAGGGAUUACUAUGAGGCAGCAAAAGGCAAGUCUUUCUCAAAGAGAUCCAACUGACUCAGACGAAGCCAGGAGGGAGGCAUUCAGUGAUGGCAACAUUGAAGUCAAGUUCUGCGAUCAGCCAGCUGCGAAAAGGAAUUUGAAAAGCCACCUUGCCUUAUUCAGCUCUGAGCUUACCGUGCAUUCUGCAUUAGGAAAUGGACAGUAGCAUCACAAAGGUUUUGAGAAUGGAAAAAGUAUUCUCUUUAUAUAACUUUGAAUAGGCCAUUUAAAAUAGUUUUCUACUUUGCAUGCUGAAAUGAGGGGAAAAAUAUUUUGUGGAUUAUUAUAAUGUUGGGAUAAUGGUUGAGAAAAUAAUAUACUUUAUAACGGUGAGGAGUAAAACUUUGGAAAACAGUAUUACUGUAUGAUUUCCAGAAAAAAAACCAACUCUUUUUUUUUUUUCUUCCUAAGCUAAUUUAGGGCUUGUUUGCCCUCUGCUUUAGGUAAGCUGAACAACUAUUGCUUGCUCUGUUUAUUCUGUGUCUGGAUGGUGGCAUAUGGCCGGAUCAUACACAGCUGAAAGCCAGAAGACAGGAACUGUGGGGAAAGCGCACACUUUUUUGGAUGACUUGCAAGUCUGGCAUGGGUCUAACGUCUAUUCUCUGCAGCUCUGAGGACAGAGCUAGCCAGAAUUUGGCUCUGAAGAGAUUAAACAUUGCAUGCAAAUUCAGAUUUUAUUAAUGAGAAUCAUAUUAGAAAUUAACAAUGCAUGCAUAAUUAAUGUGCUGUUUUUACAGGUUAAUUCUUGGGUACAAAUUUAAGUGCCAGCAUACUGCCCUGUAAACUGUGUUGCUCUGCUGAAAAAUGUGGAAGUUGGAAAAGUGCUGUACAAGGGUGAGCAGAUGCUGGAGGUGUGGCCUAUAAACACUGAGUUUAACGUAUAAUUGUGCUUGGAUAUGUAACUUAUGGGUUGAAAGUGUGGUGUUGCCAAUUUCUGGAGGGAUAUAAAGGCCAGAUCCAGAGCCUGUUAGGACUCUACAGAAGACUUUCCAUUAACUAUCACAGUCUUUUGACCACACACUUCUCUGAAGACAUGCACUAUUUUUUUUGUCUCUCCAUCAUCUUCAGAGUGGAUUAAGUACUGUCUAAGAACAGGGCAAGUGUUCUACUGUUUUGAGGCUUCACAGUGAAUUCCAGGCUUGAAAUCCAUAUAAAUUCUAAACAUUUUUGCUCUCAGUGAGUCAAACCGAAAAAUUGUAAGAGAAUGCUUACAAGUGUGGGGUUGGGAGAAAAGUGUGAUCUAGAAUGGUACGCUGUCAUCUGAUCCCAUAAAUGAGGCUUUGAAAUACAUAACGUGCAACUCCAGCGGAGGUUAGGCUAGAUCCUUCAAUAGCAGUUUUAAGGUUGGUGCUCUCUUCUGUCACCUCUUGCCUCCCCUAAGGGACCUUGGUACUCCCCUGACAGUGAAUUUUAAGAUUCUGUUACAUUGCUACUUUACAUUUCAUAGUAAAUGAAAACUUAGGCUAAAUUACGCUUGUAUAGAUUGGAAGUAAUCUGAUCCUUCUGUAAUGUUUAUAAAUUUUCAUUGGAAAAGGCAUUCUGAUGCUGGUUUGUAACAUACUCUUCAUUUACAUAUAUACUAUUUAUAUUCUAUCUGAUCUACUCCCAUGCAAUGACUUGUCCUGACAGCCAGGAAUUAAGAGCACUCCUAUUUACAUAAGCAUAUGUAUUAGAUAAAAUAACAAUUUUGGAGAGCUCUGUCUUGGUAGAACAACAUGGGUGAGGUCAGGUUCUGCUUUAGACAGUCAUGCAGGCAUGACCUUGUGCAUUACCUUCGAAUAAUGCUGUAAGCAACAGCAACGAUUUUUGCCUGCACUUACAACUGUGAUUUCCUUUGAAGGCCAUUUCUGUCUUCUUUGUAGACAGGGGUCUUUUACUAAAAUUUUUCAGUCCUGGAGAAUAGGGGCUAAUGGUGGCUUUUUGCAGUAGUUUUCCUCAGUUGGUGUCAAGUUUAUCUGGCUGAUGAUGAGAACUGUGUGUUUUGACAGAUUCUGUAACUGAAAAACCAGUUAUUUUAAGCUUUUUAUUUAUUUGCACUGCUAAUUUCAAUGACAGAUUUUAAUGAGUGUUUAAUGAACUUCCAAGUAUUCUAUAUUUUUGUUUUGUCUUAUCUGUUUCUACUAGUGUCUCAUAAAAUGUUAUGGCAGCAAGUAACUGUUGUAUUAGUUUUUUCAUUAAAAUUCCUUUUUGGCAUUGCUGGUGCUAUUUGGCACUAGGAGCAUCUGCUGUAAACUUAAUUCUCUGAGUCUCUCUUUGUUUAAAGUUUCAUAUCAGCUUAUAUGGGCUGUUUUUUGUGAUGAGAUUCCAGUCCUGUUACAGGUGCCAGCCGUUACUGUAAUCCUGAGAGAUGUGAUUUAAAGGACUUCACAGAAUAAGCUGUAAGGGACUAAGCCUUAAAGUUAUGAUGAUAUGAUGCCAGGAGCUGGUGUGUGGAUGACAACAGGAGCCUGAAAGGACACAUUCAACUGAACAGAGACUCUGGAAAUUUGAAUACACCAGGAAAAAGUGUCAGAUGUGUGGUCUUGCUCAACUGAAGUCAGGAGAAUAUAACCAAGGAAA